AUGGGACUAACAGAACAAUGACAUCCACGGCAGGGACCAGCUACACCUUGAUUCCUAACCAGAAAUACAGGCGCAGUAACCGUUGUUCCAGACAGCGCUGCAACACCUUGGACACGGAUCCCCAGUCCCUGUCAGCACUCGGAUAUUUUAAAACACUUCCGUUAGAGAUCUUUCAAAUGGUAUUGAAUUAUCUCUCAGUGAAGGAUAUCAGCAUGCUGAGCAUGGUGUCGAAAACCAUCAGCAACCGCCUUAUUAAUUACAUCUCAACCCCAUCAGGAAACCGAAGGCUUUUGCUGCAAGACUUCCAUAACCUUGAGCCACCUGGCAGGAGAGAAGGAUCCUAUAUUUUAGAGCACUACAAAUCUCUAGGAUUGUUGCUAAAAAGAUGCACGCUUCUCCUGCCUACGAAGGACAGGCUAAAGUAUAUACACAAGAUUCUCUCGGAGGUUUCCUGUUUUAAACUUAAUGGUUGUCCAAGUCCUUUGCGUUGUUUAGGAUUACAGUGCUAUGGGGUAUUUUUGCAGAUCCUAACAGCAGGCUGGGAUGAACUAGAGUGUCACCGGGUUUUUAACUUCCUCUGCGAGCUGAGCAAUUUACCCCGUAAAGUACAGACAGUUGUCAGCAACAAACCAGGAAGUGCCCGAAAGCUAGAGCUGCGGAUAAGGUUAUACUGUCGUAGUGUCUUGUUGAACCACUGGAUCCAUCGAAGUGAUUCUGCAUUUUGGCUGAGUCGUAUUUUAAAGCCGUGGCCCAUGGUCAAUCAAGCCCGCCUGCUGUAUAUCAUCUUUGGGCCAGUGUCCUCUCUCGAUGGACACGUGGUUUGGCAGAAAAUGAUAGAAGGACCAACAGAUGAGACCAGUCUGAAAGGUCUAGCAGAUGCAAUUAAACUGCUGUAUGAUACAGAAGCUAGAGAAUGGACAGCAGAUGAUGUGAUCAGUCUCGUGGAUGAGCUGUCAGUGGUUCCCCGGGAGUGGCUCAUGGAAAACAAUGCUCGGCUUCUUAUUCUGAGUGGAAACAACAUCUGCUUCACUUUCAUGGCCAGUAAAGCUGUGAACGGAAGAGCCGUGGAGUUAGCCAGGCUCAUGGUCUUCCUGGCUUUGGUCUGUGAGAAGGACCUGUACUGCAUGGACUGGACAGUAAAAAUGAUGCAGAAGGUCUGCAAAGUUUUCAGCACUCCAGGGGAGAGAAACAACUUCCUGCAGUGUGUGGAGAAUGCCUUUGCUCACCUGGUCAUGGACAUGCUGCAGGCAGUGCUGUCCGGGGACCGUGAUGAAGAGGACAGCAGCUUUUUGAAUUUGUUUCACCUUGUAAAUGCACAAGCGAACUUCCAUAAGGAAAUCCUGUACCUGACCAUGAGAAGCACCAGCAAUACCAUUUGAUGCUCUGAAUUUUACAGACUUUUGCUCUACUCCUGCUGGA